AUGCCUCUCGUCGUCCCAGGCCUUCAGUCCAACGACGGUGACAAGACAUCCGGUUGGAUGGACAAGCUGAUGGGCAAGAAGCUUGGUGAUAGCCACAACGAGACCGUAAAGUGCUUCCACCCACGAGUAUUCGUACAGGCACUGAAGAUUCGCCAGACUUUCGCGAAGACGGACCUUCCUCAGCAACAUCGCGUUCUGAAGGGUGACGACCAGAUGAUGACCAUGGAUCAUAAUCCAGACCGGUGAGUAUAUGAUACCUCACGAUUCGAUGAUGCCCGGAUGUUGACCAAUCUUGCAGUCUUAACAUUCACACCUCCGAGGAUGGCACCGUGAACAAAGUCACCCACGGUUGA